AUGACUCCGAAAACUGGUCUCACCAAAUACAUCUCCCAACACCCCGACUUUUCCAGCCCCUCUUCCCACGCCUCGCCCCUACCCUCUCUCUACGCUGAUCUUUCACGGCAACGCAAAUCCAACCCAGCAGGUUUCGCAGCCAGCGUCGAAUGGUGGAAGAAUAUUCUUCUCGAUGUGACUUUUCGUGCGGUUCAAUUCGAUGCCGACCCCUCCGAUUCCUCCAACGCCGCCUUCUCGGCUCCAGAGGUAGAUCGAACGGUCUUUAGGCUAGACGAAAGUACUAAAUCGCGAUGGACGAUCGAGUCUGUCGGGCGGCCGCUAGGGUUGGGCACUGUUAUAGCCGAACUGGAGAAAAAUGGGGCUGUUAUCCCCUACAACGUCUUCCUGACCAGUUCGAAACCGAUCACAGGGCCAACAAGAAGAGGAGGUGGUUUGAGGGGUUAUAUUCCAACGCUGGGUGGUGUAGCAAGAGGGUUGUUGGUUACGCCGGUGAAGUGGGUUGCUGGGCAGGUGUAUGCUGUGGUUUUAGGCGGGAGUGGAGAUGAAGAUGGGGAGGGGGAGUACAGUGAAGAUGAGACAUUGUUUAGAAAGAUGAAGGGUGAUUGGGUUUUCUUCGUCCUCGUGGAGAGGAUCGCGGAUGCCUUCCUAAAACAGCACUAUACGGCAGAGGCGACGAUAAGUCCACUUUCAGGCUUGAUGACCGAGACUGAGUUCAGAGAGAAGCUUUGUGCUAUUUGCGAGAAGGAGUUUGCGUUUCGUCCUUCACAACGAGAUGCGAGUUUGGUGCUCAGGCAUCUAACUCGAGAUCGUGGCGGGAACGUGCUUCAUCAGGAUGGGAUUGUCAAGCUUGCCCCAACUGAAGGGGAGAUGGCGGAGGCGAUCACAGAAGAAGACCGCAGCGUUCUAGCAGUACGUUCAACCCUCCAUCGUGUCGAACUUCAAAUCACUUGGCUCGAAUCUCAAAUUUCUCACCGAACCUCACAAGCCAAAUCCUCACUUCGGAACAACCAAAAAUCGCAGGCCGCCUCAUACCUGCGGUCUCGCAAAGCUUUAGACGAAGUGUUGGCGAAGAGAAUGGUUACCCGAGAAACACUCACUAAUGUGGUGCUCAAAAUAGAACAAGCGAAGAGCGACGUAGAGGUUCUGAGGGCGUACAAGGCAAGUGACGAGGUAUUGAGGCAAGUGUUGGGUAGGGAAGAGAUGAAGGUGGAGAAUGUGGAGAGGGUUAUGGAGGGGUUGGAGGAGAGUUUGGCGAGUCAGAGGGAGGUCGAUGAUGCCUUGCGUGGAAGUGGGACAGGGGUGGGAGAGGAGAUGGUGGACGAGGAAGAGUUGGAGAGGGAGUUGGAGGGGUUGGUUGAUGAGAAGCGGAGGGAGGAACAGAAGAGACAGGAUCAGGUGGAGAGGACGAAGAGGCUUGCGGAGAGAGAAGAGGAGAGGAGACAGGAAGAGGUGGAACGGACAAGGAGGCUGGCUGAGGCAGAAAGGGAGAGGACAGACAGAUUGGCACAGAGCGAAAGAGAGAGGGAGGGAAGAGAGCAAGAGAGGGAGAAGGAGAAGGAGAAGGAGAAGGGAAGAAGUGAUAAGGAAGCCGACGACCUUCUGGCCAGGUUCGAGAAGCUGCGCGCCGCACAGGUGCCAACUACAUUAGGAGCUGCGGGGAAGGAGACGCAAUCACCGCAGGAACAGCAACAGAAGCAGAACGAACCUGAAGCGGCAUCAUAA